GCAGUAGGAUCGUGCAGCGCAUGCGCAGUGGAUCGGUGCGAUUAUCGAUCAACGCGGCUCCUAGGUCAGCCAUAGCUCUGGCGGGUUGCAGCUUUCGCGAUUUCAGGCGUUACAAGACUUUUUCGUGCUUUGAAAUCCCUGCUUUACUGGAGCACUUCAUCUAAGCGACGACCAGCUCGGAUGGAGACGUGAAUCGGCGUCUAUCAACGUAGAUUUGCACCCAGCAAAAAGAAUGGCACCCAGAGUGUACAGAGUGCUCCGAGAAGCACCAGCGGCUGGCGAGGAGGUUGCCAAGGAGGCGGAACCGCCCGUAGCCGCCCCCACGUGGUCACCCCAUGCCAAGCACGUGCAUGGCAGUCUGCAUGCCCACAACAAGGUUGAGCCCACUGAGGCCAACGGCUUCACCACUCCUGCGAGGGAAAUAACGGAUUUGGAAGAGGCAACUAGUGCAGAGCCAAGCACCACUCAACAAACCGUCAUCUCAAAGGCAAAGGAGACCGGAGAGAAGUUAGCUGAGAAGGCUGCUGAAGAAUUUGGCAUACCGGAAUGGGUUGUUGUCUCUAUUGCUAUAUUAAUACUGCUGAUUGUUCUUGGAGUCUGCUUCUGUUGCAUCAGAAGAUGUUGUCGAAAACGAAGAGGGAAAGAUGGCAAAAAAGGAAAAGGACUGGUCGACUUGAAAAAUGUCCAACUGCUUGGAUCCACCUACAAAGAAAAGGUGCAGCCUGAUAUGGAAGAACUCACUGAAAAUGCUGAAGAAAUUGCUGAAGAAGGAGAAAGCAAGCAGAGCGAGGUCAAGCUCGGAAAACUUCAAUAUAAGCUGGAAUACGAUUUCAACUCGAACAGUUUGGCGGUGACGGUGAUUCAGGCUGAGGAACUUCCGGCUCUCGACAUGGGAGGCACUUCCGAUCCAUACGUCAAGGUCUACCUGCUUCCUGACAAGAAGAAGAAGUUCGAGACCAAGGUCCAUCGUAAAACACUGAACCCGGUUUUCAAUGAAACUUUCACUUUCAAGAGUGUGCCGUAUGCCGAUGCAAUGAACAAGACACUGGUGUUUGCGAUCUUCGACUUUGACCGAUUCUCGAAGCACGACCAGAUUGGAGAGGUGAAGGUGCCGCUGUGUCAGGUAGAUCUGGCCCAAACCAUUGAGGAAUGGAAGGAGUUGCAGAGCGUUGAAGGCGAGGGAGGCCAGGAAAAUAAGUUGGGAGACAUAUGCUUUUCGCUGCGUUACGUGCCAACUGCUGGAAAACUGACCGUUGUUAUCCUGGAAGCUAAGAACCUGAAGAAGAUGGACGUUGGUGGACUUUCAGAUCCGUAUGUGAAGAUUGCCCUGAUGCAGAAUGGAAAGAGACUGAAGAAGAAGAAGACUAGCAUCAAGAAAUGCACCCUCAACCCGUACUACAAUGAAUCAUUCUCUUUUGAAGUACCAUUCGAACAGAUACAGAAGGUGCAGCUGGUGGUGACAGUGGUGGACUACGAUAGGAUUGGCACCUCGGAGCCGAUCGGCAAAGUGGUGCUGGGUUACAACGCAAGUGGCACUGAGCUGCGUCAUUGGUCCGACAUGCUCGCCUCUCCCCGCCGGCCCAUCGCCCAGUGGCACACUCUCAAGGAUCCCGAGGAUGACAAGAAAGACUAAACGGAAAAUAAAACAAGAGUGGCGUAGAAGUCAAGGUACAUGAAGAUUGAAGAUCUGCAAACAUUUUUCUCAUCGAGAAUUUAUUGGAAAUCAGGAAAUCUUAUUCGUCUGUAUUUCAAGGAAGUAUUGUUAAAAUAUAUUCCAUACAUAAUCAGCACAUGUAAUCGUCUGUAAAUAAGGUAUUAUUGAUUGCUAAACUUACUGUACGAUAAGUUAAUUUGUUGAUAUUACAAGUGAAUAUGUUUGUUGAUUAUGAAUGAGCUAGUUACAAAUUUCGUUAUUGAUUUCCAGUUAGUAUUAGUAACUAUUUUCAGUUAAGUGUCAAGCUGUAAAUGAAUAACUAGAAUUUUCUAUUUAGUUUUAUUGUGUUUUUAAUUAAGUCAAUUUGUUUUAGAUUGUAAUUAUUAUUAAUUUAACUGAUAUAAUUUAAAUUCUAUGUGAUUAUUUGAGUUCUAUUAUAGUUCAGAUUGUAGCUGUUAUUGAUUCCACUAGUAGAAUAAUUCAAAUUGUAGAUUAUGAUUUUUUAUUAUUGUUAUCUGAUGAAUUUAGAGUUUAUGAUAGGGAAAUAUGGUAAUCCCGUCUGUAGCCAUGUUAUUAUAAUAUUAUCGUGUAAUAUGCGUGAAUCCUGUAAAAUUCAAUGUUAAUACUGGUAAAUCAAUAGUUUAAUCAUAUUGGAGAUAUCUAUAUUAUGUUGAAGACCAUCUGAAAUAGAUACCUAUGAUAUCCAUUCUUAAUUUGAGGUUGAAAGAUCAAUAGAGCUUCCAAGCUUGAAUCCAGCUUUGAAAAGUCAGCCUCGUUUCUUAAAACUAUGUACAAUUCAUACUACUUUAGAAAUAACCCAAUAACCAACUGAGUAGGUUAAUUCCACUUGAAUAUAAUCUAAGUGUUGAGAGGAUGAAUGGUAGAUAAUGACAAUAACAUAAGUUCAAAGUUCAUUUCCGCUUGAACUUAUUUAUAGGUAACUUUAAUGACUUAAUCAUUGGGGGGAUUCAAUUUCCUGGGAAUCAUGCAUUAAUUAAAUUGUAAAAAAAUGUAGAGUAAAUAUUAUGAAGUGUAAUAGGGAAUUGUUUUAGAGUUUAUUUGGAAACACAGUAGUUUUACUGAUGCACAUACUCUCUAACAGCAACUAUUUUUCGAACAAAAUGGAAGUUUCCUGCAUUUAAAACUAAUUUCUUUCAAUGUUAUCAAAUGAUAUUGGAGUACCGUAGUUGCUGUGUGGAAACGAAAGAUUUUAUCUGAUAAUGUCGAAGCAGUAAAGUUCAAUUUAAUUAUAAAAAAUAUCAAUAAAUCACAAUGUUAUCAGCUUUGCCAACAGUUGCAUGAAGAUAAUAAAUUAAUUAUCAUUCUUAGAAGGAUACAUUAACUUUAUUUAAUUAAUUAGGAUAGGUAGUUAGAAAAAUAAAAAUAAUGAGAUUGUUUCUACUGAAAUGGAAUAAUGUGAAUUGUAUUUUUAAAUAGGAGAUUCACGUCCAAAUUAUAAGUUAUAAAUUUCAUAUUCAAUUGAACACUGUUCAAUUGCAUUACGAAGAUUAAUACGUUUCAACCAUUAUUGUUUGAAAUCAAAAAUAUCAUGUACACAUCUCAGUAACUGGGAAAAAGAAGGUGAUUUCAAUUUUCUUGAGAAAAUAUAAUAAUUUAUCUCUUUUGAAGUGAUAUAUUCAUUCAUUCCAAGACAUAAACAAUUUUCAGAGCGACUUGCAUAAUUGAAAUUAUUGAAAAAUGAGAAAAUUAUGGAAAUAGUUUUUACUUUCUCAAGAGGCGCUAUUGUAUAAUCAUGGAGUGUUGAUAUGUGUAGUAGUAGAACUGAUGUAAGUAGAGAAUGAGCGAAUUCUAUUUUCCUGUAAUUACUUUAAUCAGCCUACUUCCUGAGAAAUAUUCUAGCAAGAAAUGAGCACGGAAUAAGGUCUCUUGUAAUAACUCAAAUUCAAUAAGGCAGUUUUCAAAAAGUCAAGAGAAUUGCAAGUCAAAGUCAAUAAUAAUAGCAAGAAAUGUGACGAGAGAAAUAUUAUGAAUAUGGGAGAGUGUUCGUUCCUUUUCUCACAUCUUUAUGAAAUUGUAUUUGAAUCAAUAACGUGAGGUUAAAAUUAUUCAUGAUAAUGAAAAUAUCUACGAAAUUCUGAAGUUGGAUAACAAUGUAAUUUUUUCCCUCGUUCAUCCAAGCAUGAUUUUCUAGAAGGCUUGGCUUGGCUGUAAAGUAUAGGUAAUGUACAGUUUGUUAGAAAAUUUCAGAGAAUUCGAUUAGUUAUCACCUAAAAAUAGUAAGAUUGUAAGUGAGAAUAAGAUAAUAUUAUUAUAUUAUUGGCACCAAUAUUCUAUUCACUGAGUUUAAUAUAGAAAAAUCAAGAAAAUUUGAGGCAUAAUUAUUUAGACAGAAUCAUAAAUCAUACAAUAUCCUUUAAAUAGCUAUAAUUUAAAUAAUUGGAGAAUUGAGGGGUUUCUGGUUAUAUAACGAGUCUUGUGAUUUAAGAAUAAUAGUAAUUUGAGUUAUUCAUAAGACAUGAUGUUAUUGUUUGUGUGCAACUGACAUGAAUUAUAAUUAUUGUAGAACCGUAUCAGGUUUAUUGUAGUAUCACCUCUGUAAAUGAACCGGACAGUGUACAUUUUCAAAUAAUUAAUAAUAUUGAUACUAUAGUAAUAUUUUUGACUGCUUAACUUAGAAAUGUGUAAUAAUAUCAAUUAUUUUGAAGCCUGAAGAUAUUUCUUCUGUCAGAUGUUAUGUUGAAAUUCAAGAAAGGUUACAAAACUGAUGUUGGAGAAGAAAACAUAGUUUUCAGCAGAAAAAUGCACGUAAUUGAUUCUCUCAGAAUUCGAGUUAGUAGUUGAUUAGACGUUUAAAAGAUGAAAGGCACAGUAACACUAUCACAGUGACUCCAAUAAUUCGGAGAGAAUUAUACAAAAGGAGAUCAUGUAAUCUUUAUCAAAUGGAAUAGACUUUAAUCUACUGUCAUCCUAUCUGUCAAGGCCUAAUUAUACUCUUUAUGAAUAAUAGCAACACCAUUGACUCAUUUGAUUUGAAGAUAUGAGAAUAGGCCUACUCACUGUGAAGAUAAUAUUCGCUGUCUUAUUCAAAGUUUCAUAACUAUUAUCAUAAUCGGUGUUAACCUGAUCAAUCCUUUAUCUGAGAAAUUCAACCUCUGCUUUUGUGACCUAGUGUUUAAUAAUAAUCUGAUCGGAAGCGAUUGAAUCAAGGUGAACACCUAAAUAGUGAAUCAUAUCUUAAAGAUUGAUAUAAAUUAAUAUGUAUUAUUGUAACAUACACAAAACUGUUGUUAUAUAUUAUAUAUAUAAAUGAAUAUAAAUUGAAUACCUAUAUUAAAUUGUUGAGGAGUUUUUCUUCUUUGCGUUGUUGCAUUGGACGUAUUGUGAUUUUAUAAAUUAUUUAGUUUUCAACACUGUUAAUAUAUGUAAACACUACAGUAGCUUAUCUUUAUAAUGAUUAUUGGGAGUCAUGCUUAAUAUAAAGUAUACCCAAGUAAUUUUUUAGAUUCUUCUUUCUCUAAUCCCAUAACGGUUUUCACCAUCUUGGCAUGUAACGUACUUCAAGUACAUUUUUUCGAUAUUUCUCAAAGUUAUCCUGUGCGAUAUUAAUUAACUCGGCUUUGGUUAUCGAAUUCAUUUCCAAAUUAUCAAUGUAUAUUUUUUCCAAUAAAUAAUUGUAUAUUA